UGUCGCCAAGGCCGGAUCUGCUAGUGUGCUUUUUACGCCAUUAGUCAUAGCUGGCAUUCAGCAUGCGAUUGCCUGCGGAGAAUAACUUACACCUGCUCCAAUGGUCGCGAGGCCUUGGGUGUUCGGUGGAAAGCGUGAUCAGUGUGCCCUCAUUACUGGAGGCAUCGAGUGACUCAACUAAUUACAGUGGGAAUAGAGCCUUGGACAAAUGGAAAUUAUCUCAAAUAGCAAGGUUUGCUGAGACACACAUACACACACACACAUACAGGUUUUGUGUUUUUUUGUUUGUUUUGGGUUUUUUUUUCCAAAAUCUCUUUGUCACAACAAAGAAAGAGGAAGUUGACACUGCCCAUGAAAUUUACACAGAAGGAGGAAGUGGGGGAAAAGGAAAACCUGUGGCUGCGUUACGGCAUGACUAACCCACAGAUCAAAUUCUGACUCAUCCAUAUGAAAGAGAAAGCAUAUUUGCUAAAAAUACACUCGUCUUCCACGGCAAUAUUCCCACCCUGCCUCAACUUGUCGCCUCAUUUCCAUACCAGCUGUUUCGUAGCGCUGCUAAGUGUUCGUGGAAGCCUGGCGCUGUCAGUUGUUGUACGAUCCAAUUUUAGAAGCACUCUUUUUUCAUUUCUUAGCAGGUUGCAGAACUCACGAUGCGUCGUGGUGGUCCUGGUGAAUCCUGGGGACCUGCGAGAAGGGUUUUCAGACCUAUUGUGGAGCAAUCCUGCACGUUAGAAGUCAUUGCUCAGAAGCUGAGGCUGAAACUCCGAAAUCUUUUUCCGUCCUGACACAUUCCAGAGUAUUUAUUGGGAAAGUGUGCAUGGGAACUUUUCCUUUGCUCAGGUUUCGACCAUCAAAAUGACAUGCAGUUGUGUAGCCCUGGUGUGAACCUUUCUCCAUGUUUUGGUGUCUAUUAGGACCUAAAGGAUUGUACUGUGUAAAGCCUCAUUAAGGAAAUCAGUUUAUGUGCUUCAUGUUCUUCAGGCUGAUCUUGUAGAUUAUAUUCGCUCAGUUCGGAACCUUCAGAGCAACGUGAUGUCAUGCUUCACAGAAAGCAUCUUCAGUCUUUUUUUAAGCGUCUGGGUCUUCUAAAGUAAACCAUAUUUCUCCUCUAUUUUUUCACACACGCUUCAUCCCAGGCGUUCCCUUUUAGGGAGAUUUGUCCAGCAUUUCUGAUUCCGAUUCUGAUUUGUCUUCUGCAGGGUUUCAUGUGUAAACAUGGGUAAAUCAGGAGAACGUUCAUGUGUGGAGAAAGGAUUUGGAGAAUGCAUAACAAACAUGAGUGCAGUGUUAGAUCUACACACACACACACACACACACACACAAUUUAUUUCGAAAUAAAGCUUGGUAAUCAUUGCAUGGCAGCGGCUCACGUUUAAAUGAAGAGCAAUAAAAACUAUGCACGAAAGCAAUUUCUUUUUUCAGAAGUUCCCCAGGUUGCACAAUCCGAGAAAACAGUGCAUAUGUUGACCAGGGCUGUUUGGGGUACAGUAUGUAGGAGAUACAGGUUCUGGGGUCGAUGCUGUGUGUGUGUGCGUGUGUGUGUGUGUGAGGUGGUGUUAAAGUAAAUGUGCACCACUGACACCUCGGAGAGACGAGAGACCAAAAACGCGGUGCGUGUGGCGCGCGCUGAUUGCUCGGUAGGCGUCGGGGGCGCGCGCGCGGGGCGGGCGGAGUUCCAGGCGCGUUCCCGACGCGUUCCAAGGCGCGUUCCCGGCGCGUCAAAAGCUCAAGCUCGGAAGAAAAAGCAGCGGGACUUUUUUUUUUCUUCCUCGUCUUCUUCUUCUUCCUUUUCAACCAGUGCCAGCUGCGCGCAGACGAGCUGGCCGGUGCGCACUGUACGCGAACUCCCCACGGAACACCAAGAUCCCGGACUGGUGACAACCGAGCCUGGAGAAAUAUGGACGACUGAAUUGAAAAUUUAAUUGAUUGUAAUAAUUAUAAUAAUACAAAAAUAAAUACAAAUUCGGGGUGGAACGACCGGGGAUGAAUUUGCGCGUGAGAAUACACAUGGAAUAGACUCAUACAACACGGAUUGUUGGUGGAAACUCUUGCGCUUUUUUUUUUGCUUGGUUUGGGUUCUUUGGUUGGUGUUUGUCCUCGCAAUGCUGGUGCGCCGUAGCAGCCCGGUGGCUUGCCCUCGCGCUCCGAGGCGCAGGCACAAGCGCGUGGACAGCGACGAGACCGCGGCCAAAAGUCCGAGGCUGAACGAGUGCGCCGGCGGAGACACGGCGUUCUCUCUCGCCACCUCGCCGGUGCCCGCGCGCAGCGGGAGCGCGGCUCCGGCGUGUGCGAACGCGGCCGCGGGGCCGUCCCGCAUCGGCCAGUUCCUGCUCCUGCCCUCCGCGGACACGUCCGCCGCACACAACGCGUGGGAUAUGGACACCGGCGAGGAGCUCGUCUGCAAGGUGUUCGACCUGGGCCAGUACCAAGAGAAGAUCCGAGCCUACAGCGUGCUUCCCAGACACAGGAAUAUCGGCCGGAUCAAAGACAUUAUCCUCGGGGAACGCAAAGCGUACGUGUUCCAGGAAAAGGAUUACGGCGACAUGCACACGUUUGUGAAGAGCUGCAAGCGUCUGAGUGAAAAGCAGGCCUCUAAGCUUUUUUAUCAGAUCGCAUCCGCAGUGGCGCACUGCCACCAGAACGGCAUAGUGCUGGGAGACCUGAAGCUUCGCAAGUUCAUGUUUGCGGAUGAGAAUCGGUCUCAUUUAAAGCUGGGAGGCCUGGAGGACUGUAAGAUCCUGCCUGGUGAGGACGAUUCGGUUUCGGACACGCACGGCUGCCCUGCUUAUGUCAGCCCUGAAAUCCUGAGCGGUGGAGGCAGUUACUCAGGAAAGCGAGCGGACGCCUGGAGCCUAGGCGUCAUGCUUUACACAAUGCUGGCAGGCCGCUACCCGUUCCAUGACUCAGACCCAGCUACACUGUUCUCCAUGAUACGGCGUGGUGCCUACAGCCUGCCCGAGGGCCUCUCAGCCCGGGCACGCUGCCUCAUGCGGAGCCUCCUGCGCAGGGAGCCCAGUGAGAGGCUGAGCGCCGCCGACGUUCUCCUCCACCCAUGGUUCCACGGCGCCAACGAACACGACGUCGACGAACACGAUGUGGGCUCGGCAGAGCAGAGGGUGCCUCAGGUGCACAUGGAGCUGAACGAGCAUCUCUUCUGCUGACAAAAGCUCCUGCUCUCUUGCUCUCUGAAAGGCUCUGAUUAGGAACAACAUUUGAAGGUUUCUUUAAUCGAGCAGCUCUUUUUUUUUCCGACGGUUGAAAUUGAACUCUGGUUGUUUAAUUUAGAAAAGGCACGAGUAGCUGAUGAGAUCUCGCCAUCGCUUUGGCUUCGAGAUAAAGAUGCGCUCUUACGGGUUUUUAGUCUUGGGCCAAAAUUUCGACAUGCCCUUAGGGAGGCUUUAAUACUAAACAAUUAUUUACGGUCCCUUUUAAAGCGCAUGCCCUCGUCCGGUAUUUUGGUGCUUUAUUAUGUUGAAGUGAGCGGAAAAUACAAGGCGCUGAUCACCUCCUCCGAGUCCUGAGGACUAACGUUUCAAAGUAAAUGAGCAAAGUGGGGAGGAAACAUAAGCCUGAAGAGUAGCUAAGAACAGCGGCGCAAAAUAAAGAGCACAGAUUUGAGGAUCUACGUCGAAAUUGUGACAUCACAACUCUCCAAAGGAGUGAAAUACAAAAUAACAAGGCCAGUCUCUGACCUUUGAGAUGAGGUCACCCAUACAGGAUUUAAAAAAAAAUCAUAUUUAAUUGACCCAAGCUUUACGUUAUGUGAUGUUAUGUUAAACUGCAGCCAGUAAGCACAUUUAUUCUGCACAGUCUUUUCAAGACUUUUGAAGGACACUGAAGGACGUAUCCAUAUUGUUCGCAAAUGCAACAUUACUUGAAUGACUUCAGCACAACAGACAAAGUCGUGUGGAGUCUUGACAGGGAAGCGGAUUAUGACUACAUGUGGGGGUUUUUUUUAGUUGUUGUUUUUGUUGUUUUUUUUAUCGUAAUCCAAGGUGACUAAGAGACCCACAAUAGCUCUGCUAAAAGGGUAGAACCUAUUUUUGGAGGCUCUAAUGUUUCCUCCCCCCUCUGUGUGUUGCGGGAAGUCGUACUGUAAGUUAGCUCCGAGGCCAAGCGCCCCGGCUCGGAACAACGCGAGGUUGUAAAAAAAAACGACGCGGCGACACGGGUGCACAAAGUUCAUAUCGCACUGUGAAUUCUGUAUUUCGUGACACGGCCUCGGGGUUAAACCACGAAAUACUGUUUGUGAAAGACAAAAAAAAAGUGUAAAUAUGUACAUUUUAUAUAUAUAUAUAUGUGUGUGUGUGAAGAGAAUGAAUAAAGAAAUCCUUUUUUCAUA